UUAUACAUCAUAACAGCAAAAGUGGGAUCCUACACCUGGACUGUCAAGCGUCGUUACAGUGAGUUUUAUCAGCUUCAUGAGAAGUUGGUAGCCAGCUACAAGCUAGACAAGAGCUUGUUACCUCCAAAGAAGAUAUUUGGGAACCAGACAGAAUCUUUCAUCAGGAAAAGACAGUUAGAAUUGGAGAUAUACUUGCAGACAAUCCUCCUGUUUCUGGCACAGCACAUUCCCUCCUGCCUGGCUUACUUUCUGGAUUUUGAUAAAUAUGAAAUACAUGGCAUCACCCAAGCAAUGGCAGAGGAUCUUUAUAGCAGAGGAGAGUGCCUGCUGCAGUCUCGAGACAAGUAUGAAGUCAGCACUCUACAGCUUCACUCACUGACAGAGCGGCUGAAACUUCCAGAACCUACAUGUGAUAGUGGAGAUGUCAAAAAAGACCUGGGACAUAUUCUUGACUUCAUAACUAGAGCCAAGCAUUUGAAGGUGGUAUGUAGCAAGAAAACUGUUGGCUUGAGCAAUAUACUGAUGUACAAACUGCCAUUCGAUCUGACAUUGUUCAAGUCACUUCAGACCUUAGAGAUAUGUGGUUGCAACUUCAGGAUUGUCAGUGGGCUUGAGUCUGUGAAGCAAACAGUCACCAAGUUUGAAGUUCACCAGUCAUCUUCUUCUAUGAAGGAAAUUUUCCUUCGGGAUGCCCCACACUGGAGAGCAGAUGAUGGAGCUCUCAUAGUUGAUUACUGGACACUGGUCAACAAAGUCAAUUUCAGUCAUAAUUCAUUUUCAGAGAUUCAUGAUAGUAUUCAACUGAUGCCAAAUAUUGAGAAACUGGAUCUCAGUCAUAACAGGAUUGAAAGUAUCCAAAACCUUCAUUGGCUGAGUCAGCUGACACACAUUGACCUCAGCCACAACAACAUCUACCAUGCUGACUGGCUGCACACCAAGUUGGGCAAUGUCCAGUGUGUGCGCCUGGCACAUAAUCAUCUGGAGAGUCUCCAUGGCUUUGCUAAAUUGUUCUCUCUGAAGACUUUGGACAUUUCACACAACAAAAUAUUAUUGAUUGAUGAAAUCAAGUAUGUGACUCAGCUUCCUUGCAUUGAAGAGUUGAACUUAGAAGGCAAUCCUGUAACGUCUUCACUGGAUUACCGCACCAAGACUUUGGAAAUGUUUGGGGAGAGAGUUACUGAGGUGGUGCUGGACAAUAAGUGCCCAGAUCAGAAAGAACUGGACACGGUGGCCGUACUACAGGCUUUGAAGAAAGCUAAGGAUGCAAAAAUCAUGACGAAAGCAUAUCCAAAAAAGAACACAUCCAGCCUGAGUCUGUCAGAUAUGUACUGUGAAUCUUUAUCCAGCUCCACAUCCGAUCAUCCAGAUGACAAGGGUAGUCCCGCAUCUUUCGUGCCAAGUGGUAAAUAUAAUGCAGGUCUCAGAGACAGUACCCCAGAAGCACACCUGAUUGACCAGUUUGUUGGAAGUUCAUCUUCUUUAGCAGUUUCACAUCAAGCAGCUUGGUCAGUCAAGUCGGAUAACCCACGGCAAGUACUGUUGUUGAAGAUGACAUUCAGCGUGACUGACCUGCCUACAGUCACGGACACUUCAUUCCUCGUGUGGCUGAACAAACAUCUGUUUUCACAUAGGGAGGAGAUUCAAUAUGGCAGCUCAGAAAGAAGUCAGCAGGAGAAGGAAGCAAUCAUAGACAUUGUUUGGUGUUAUGCUGAGCAGUUGUCAAAACCUGGCAUAUUAUUUCCUUGCUGUGCUGUGUUAACCAAGAAAAGAUUGUUCAUAGAAAAACUCACUGGUCUUAAUGCCAGUUUCCCUAAUGUUCCUGAACUGAGGCCAUGUUGUAUGAUGUCUUUACAAAAUAUUCAGCAACUUGUGUUAGGGCCGUGCCAUGCGUUUUUGCGACUUGAAGAAGCAUUUGUUGGAAAAAGUGGUGUUUUCACUCUGUUCUGUUUUGAAAUACAAGGGUUGAAGAUGUUCUUCAAUAAACUGUUCAAGUCUUGUUGUAAUCUGGAUGUCAUUAAUAGCUACAGCUUCAUCGAUCUCACUGUGAGGUCAGAUCUUCUGAGAAUUAUUGCUUUGAAGGAGGAGCAGAGUUCUGGUGUCUCCUCAGACAGAUUAGUGUCUGCUGCUCUGGUCCAGCUGAAGGAUUCAUCUGUCUUCAACUUGUUGGUGUUAUCAGAAAAUAAAGUUUACUGUUUAGACCUGGAUUGUGUCCACUGGCCUCCAGCUUCAUAUGAAACAUCCCCUGAAGCUGCUAUCAGAUUUAAUGUACUGCAUGAAUUUUCUAUAAAGGAUAAAAUCAGGAACAUUAGCAUCAGUCCAGGUGAAGGUCUUAUCCACCCCAACAGAGAUAGAAUACCAAAUGCUGCUACAGAUGUGCAGUUUGAACACUAUGAACUCAGUUUAGAUGUCGCAUUUUCUUUGGACAAAUCAGCAGGUUUCUCUGUUUCAAGUUCCAGUCAAUAUGAAGGUGUGCUCGAAGAUUGUAAGCAACACAGUGGCAUUAUCAGGUAUCAUUUUCCAUCGCCUCCCUGUAGAGAUCUUUUUCUAGAAAGGCUGAACAAUAUGAGAGCUGAGCUGGCCCAUAGGAUGUCGCCUAACUUAAGAGAAGAACCUGAAGGAGGCAACGAACAGCUGUCUCCCUGUGAUAGGAAUGUGUUUGUGCCUGACUCUUCACCUUCAUUGAAAUCUAGAAUUAUUUCAGUUAGAGAUGGUUCAGUGUCGCCACUUCUGAAAACUGCUUACAAAGGUACUGCUGUAGAAGCAUCAGUGAAAAAUAUGGGGAAUUUAUGGGAAGCAAAACAAGACCCCUGUGCUCCCCACAGUGGGUCCAGAAGUGAUGGGAAAUUGAUUUCAAAGGAAUCAGGGGCAUCUCCUGGUGGUGAAAGCUGGCUGUCAAAAGACGAUAGCCACCAGGCUAGGAUAUGUCAGCCUCAUUCUGAAAGCAGCAGCUCAGCCUGCUGCGACAGUUCUCCAAGGGAAGACCUUUCUGUUUCACCAAUGUCAAACUUCUCUAGAGCCAGCAUCAGCCCAGUUAUUGGACAAACACAAGAAGUCAGCAAGCCAGUAUGUUAUCCUGAUGCAAACAGAUUUGCCCAGCAUUUCACAACUGCAGAAACCCAUUCACUUCCAACCAGUUUUGACUGGAAGCAGUAUUACUUCCAAAACCGCCCAUAUUUUGAAUCGGAUACAAAAUUAGAAUUAAAGGAUGACCUCGGAGAAACAUCCAGUAACAACACUAGCACACAGUUGCAAGUUCACAGCCAUACUUCCAGCAGCUUUCUGGAGGUCAUUGAAUCCAGCUGCGAGUUUGACCCCGGACAUAAUGUGGAAACAGAGCAUGAACUGUACUUGAAGAGUUGUCUCAAGUCCUACGAUCUUAUUUAUCCUUUAUCCAGUAAAUUGAAACCUUUAUGCUUGAUGAAUGGUAAAGAGUUAAACAAGUUCUUCCAUGCCUCAGUUGUGCCAAAGGUCUCUGCCAAUAAUCUGAGCCUCCCAUCUGAAGAACUUCAGUUUGUGUUGUGGAGUGUGGUAGUGCCAUAUACAAAUCCAAAACAGGAAAUAACCACGCUGGUCAUGUUGAGCACACUUGGGAUAUAUCUGAUUUCAGACACCAGCCCACAGGUGGCACAUCAGUCUCGACCUUCAUGGAUGACCCAUUCUCGUAACAGCUCUGAUUCAGCAAUCACAGCAAAGUCUGGGAAAUCUAUAGCUGCUCGUAAAAUGGUUCAGCCAUACUUUGUUUUCAGGUACAAGGAUUUGCUACAAGUCAACAUCGGACUGUUUGAUCAGUGUGUUCGCCUCACUGGUUCUAAUGAAAACUCGGUGUUCACUCUAGCUACUAGAAGCAGUGUUACAACAGAAAAAUUUAUAGAGAAAUUAAAACACGUUUUAUCUAUAGCGGCCAUUUCACCAGUAGUAGAGAAAAGCCGCUCAGAUACUGAAGGUGAUUUCUACAGAAGCAGCCAUCAGUACAUGAAAGCAACUUUUGAUGGAAUAGUUUACACUCACCCAAGCCAGGUAAAGUUUGUUUACCCUGGUGAAGAUGCUGUCCAAGACAUCCUGUACCUGGUGAAUGAGCGGACCUACAAAAGGAGGAAAGCCUCGCCACGUGUAGAAAGCGCUUCCAAGCUUUGGUUUUACCUGCAGUGUUACCUGCUGCCAUCUGAUGACUCGCCUGUCGCAGACAGAAGUCAGCCUAGAAGUGUUAUAAUUACAGCAAACAGUUUUUGCUUAGCAGAGGAAGAUGUAGUUACCUACCCCUUGCCAGAUUUUGUCCGUGGGGUUCCUGAGCACCCUUGUCAUGAGAUAGUUGAGUGCAGGCAGAUUGACAACCUCAAGAGAAUCACAUUGUUCCAUAGCCACCCUCAUCUGGUUUGCUUGACUUUUGUUGAUGAAACUGAUGGCAUUGUGGUGGAUGUUUCCAUGCAACACUUUGGAAAACUUGCGGCUGGCAAAGAGAAGCAACAUAUGUGCCCAGAAGUCACUUACAGGCUGUAUGUCCAGAACAUGAAAGAGAGGGACAAAAUGAUUCAGGUGCUGGACAUUCUGUGGAAGGGGCUUGUGACUCAGAUCGGGCGAAUUUUGGAUAUCAUCAAAAUUUGA